AUGAAUGAUCAUAGUGUCAACAACUUACUACGUAUCGCUCAGCUCGGACUUGGCCUUGGCAACGUUGUCAAUUCAAUGAUCAUCAAUCAAGUGUACUUUGAGCGAGUCAACUUCAACACAAAGCUCAACAUUGAGUUCCUCUGCAAUGAUGUUCGCAUCAACAAUGUGACCUUCAAUCAGUGCCAGUUCACAUCGAAUGACAUCUUCUCAUUGUUGGCCAAUCCUCAUCUCCAAUCCAUUCAAUUCAAGCGCAUCACUCUGAUCAACUUACAAUCAAUCGUGCAGUACAUCACGCAAUGUCCAAGACGCGAGACACCUUUGUCGUUCUCAAUCACACAGUUCACAUUGCAUCAGUCAAAGAAGAGUGAGAGCCUGUCUGAGCUCAUCGCUGCGCUCUCUCAUCCAUCGGCUCAGUUGGGACACAUCGAGGUCGUGCCAAAGGAGUUUACCAAAGUGUCCAUCAUAGAGUUGUUUGGUCUAUUCACGCAGGAACGCCUGCCCUCCUGCCACUUGCUCAGUGUUCAUCUCCAGGCGAUGGAAUUGGUCGGUAGCUUGACGGAGAAAAACUUUGUGAACCGGACCGUGGCCAGUCAGAUCACAACAUUGAGAUUCAAUCACAUUAGAAUGACACCAGACCAGAAGAAUCAGGUGCUUCACACCUUUGACCAACACUUUACCAAUGUCAAGCACUUGGAGUUGCUUGGUCUAGCCUGCACCACGCCCAAGUCAUUCGAGUUGCUUGUCAAGUAUCUUGGCGCCAUCAUAUCCUUGGAGUAUCUCGACAUGUCGAUCGCAAAGUUUACCGAGAGUGACGUGCCCGCACUCGCCACAGCCAUUACCCAACUCCACCAACUGACUGAACUCAAACUGAACUACAGCUCACUGAACAUUGUCAACUCACUCAAGGUAUCGCAGUCACAAUCAUUGACAAAUCUUUCAUUAUCAGCAUAUUACAAUGGAUUCUUGAAUGAUACGAGCGCAUUGUAUCUUCGACCCAACAGUCUUUGCACUCUCACCCUCGUGUCAACAUCGUUUGGACCGGCAUUGGAUCCCCUCCCUGGCGCAAUGAAGACAUUGCUCCAAUCAUGUAGAUUGCUCACAACACUUGAUUUGAGACAGGAGCUUGGCAACAGUGCCACGCAAGAGUUCUUUGAGCAGCUUGCUCAUCACACCUCGCUCUCUUCCCUCACAAUGGUGCUCGACAAUACAUCCUUUACAAAGGAGAACUACGACUUUAUAAUCAGCCAACUGUUGCUCAAUGAAACACUCAACACAGUGAGUCUUGUGGGAUACAAGAUCAAUGACUUAACAGUGCAGUUGGGUGCAGUGGCAUUGUUGGAAACGAUCAAUGCUCGUCCAUCCAUCAGAUCAAUCAUACUGGACAUUGAUGUAGCUGGUGCCACACUCACAUCGAUCAAUGGAUUCAUUCAGAAAUCAAACAAACUGCAUACACUCACUGUCAACUCGAGAGAAGUGACGAGCAGCCAGGCACUCGAGGAAAUGAUCGGCGCGAUGCGCCAGUCCAAGUCGCUUCGUUACAGCGAGAUCCAAGGUACGCCCAGCGCCAUACUCAAACAUCUACGAUCACAUGUCCAGACAUUGAUCGUUGGGGAAUCCACCGAUCAUGCGAAACAAGCAGUCUUUGAUGUAUCCACAGCGGCACACUAUCAAUUGGUGCCAAAGACAUUCAAUCAAUCUAGAGUCAUUCAUUUGAUGCUACAUUAA